UAUUGUUCGAUUGAUCUCGUUUAUUGAUAAGACACAGGCUCCUCAUAUUUCGUUAUAGGUGUGAUCUUAUGGCCGUAUAGAUGGUAAAAGAGGAUGGCCACUCACAAAAAUCCUUUCGUCGGCGAAGAUCCUUUCAAGAAAGAUCGGGACCUCAUUUACCUCCACAUUGGAUUCACAAAGAAGAUAACAUGGGGAUAUCAGUACUUUAUGGUAGCUGUACUGCUGGCACUUUUAGUAACCAGUGUUCUCAACAAAUGGCUUAGGAGACCUAACCACAACCACAAGCCUCAUCAUUGGAUUCAACGACUUUGGCAUCGCCAACCGACACUGCCUUUUCUAAGGAAUCAGUUCAGCUCAAACGGCGUGUUCUUCAAUAUAACCAUCUUCUAUGUCAUCAAUACCUUUGUGCUGUUCUAUAAAUUACCAUGGAAUGACCAAUUCAAUUUUGCCCUAAGGGCAGGUCUCGUCUCUAGCUCAAAUAUACCCUUACUCUACCUCAUCCCAUUGAAGAGUGGGCCUCUACUGCAUUUAUUUGAGGUUUCUUAUGAGACAAUCAUUAUUUAUCACAAGUGGGUGGGUAUACUGGUGGUAAUGACCGCAGUGCUCCAUGGAUUGGCAUUCUUCCUAAUGCUAACAUGGGAUUAUUGUCUUUCAAGUCCCAAGAUGCUCACUGGGUAUUUCUGCCUGUUUGUCUUCUUGGCCAUAUCAGUAUCAUCUGUUAAGUUCAUGAGAACCAGGUUUUAUGAAAUGUUUUACUACAUCCACCUCUGCAGCUUCAUAUUGUUUUUACCAGUGUUUUUCAAACAUCAUUAUGUCUGUAAAACAUUUGUCGUUAUCGUUGCUGGAUUCCUGGUCUAUGAUAGGCUAAUACGCUACAUUUGGUACCUGUGGUGCCUCAAUUGUACAGUGAAAGUCACGAGGAAUUCCAAAUAUAUGGUGGUUUCUAUUGAUCCAAGAUCAUCAUCUUUGUCGAAAACACAACGGGUAAUUGCUAAGCUCUUGUUGAAGAACAAAAAAGAUUUCAGAUGGAGACCUUCUAACCAUCUCUUUAUAACAAUCCCCUCAAUAAGUGCUUUCCAAUCACAUCCAUUCACAAUUGCUUCCUUACCAAGCGAUGAAUCGUGUCAAUUGAUCAUAAAAGUACACAACGGAUUCACAAGGAAACUCUGCGAAAGGGUACAACAUGGCGAGCAGUCAUUCACUUGCUUUAUCAAUGGACCCUACGGUACUUCGAACAGUCAACUUCCUACUGAUGAAUCAAUUUUGGGACAAGUUCAAGAUAGCGCAGUGCAUGAAUCGAGUCCAUUGAUUAAGAAAGUACUGUACACCACUGUGGAACGAACCUCAAACUCUCUCUCCAGCAUUGAAUCCUUUAAUCCAAAGGAAAAGAUCAUCCUCGUUUCAGGUGGUGUUGGAAUUUCACUGACAUUACCUCUCUUGAAGCAUUAUGAAAACUCGGAAGACUUUGAAACUUCGUUGAUAUGGAUCACUCGUUCAGAAGAGCUGAUACCGCUUAUAGAUCUGGAUAUUACAAAGAGCAACAUCACAGUAUGGAACUCCACAGAGAAGGGACCUGCCGACUUGGAGCAGCUGUUGUACGACUACAUGGAAGAAACCUAUCAAACUGUUCACAUAAUCGGGUGUGGUCCUAGUUCUUUAAUGUCCUCACUACGGUCAUUCGCUGUUGAGAAGAUGAAGACCAAUAGAGUGAAUAUGGUUCUGGAGGAGUUUUCGUUUUAAUUAAUAUAUUCAUUCGUUAUUUAAUAUCAUUCACUUAUC